ACGUGGCGCGCCGCGGGGUCAGCGGGGUCACGGUGAAGGAGACGGCGAGUGGAGCCAUGGCGGCUGCAGACGCGCGUGUUCAUCUGUUCGCCGGCGGCUGCGGCGGCACGCUGGGCGCGGUGCUCACGUGCCCGCUGGAGGUGGUGAAGACUCGCCUGCAGUCGUCGGGCUCCCUGUCCGGACUCCGCUCCGGCGUGGCCCCCGCGCCGCUCGCGCUCGCCCCGUGCCGCCGGCUCGUGUCGCCCGGCUCGCUGGCGCUUCACGGAGCCGGAGCGGCGCCCGGCGGUGCCGUCGCCGUCGCCGCCGCCCGCGUCGCCACGCCGAGCUUGGCGCAGUGUCUCAGGACGAUAGUGGAGAAGGAGGGAGUCCGGUCCCUGUUCCGGGGUCUGGGUCCCAACCUGGUGGGAGUGGCGCCGUCGCGUGCCAUCUACUUUGCGGCCUACUCCUCCGCCAAGGAGCGCUACAGCUCCGUCUUCCAGGCCGAGUCUCCGCCGGUGCACAUGUGCUCCGCUGCCACGGCCGGCUUUAUCACUAACACCUCCAUGAACCCCGUGUGGCUGGUGAAAACUCGCAUGCAGCUCGACGCAAGGAGCCGCGGCGAGCGCGGCACGACGGCGCUGCAGUGCGUGCGCAAGGUGUACCGCACGGAGGGCUUCCGCGGAUUCUACCGCGGAAUGACGGCCUCCUACGCCGGCAUCUCCGAGACCAUCGUUCACUUUGUGCUCUACGAGAGCCUCAAGAGGCGGCUGCUGGAGGCGCGGGGGCGCAAGUCCGGCCGCCGCGACAGCGCCGCCGCCACCGGCGGCGGGCCCGGGGCGGAGGGGCCAUCCCGGCGGCUCGGGGGCGCCGCCACCUCGGUCGUCGUGGCCGCGGCCGCCCCCGCUGCCGCCGUGGCGGCGGUGGAGGACGGGCGGCUGGCCAGCGACUUCCUGGUGCUGAUGUGCGCCGCGGCCUGCUCCAAGGCCUGCGCGUCCUGCCUGGCCUACCCGCACGAGGUGGCACGCACGCGUCUGCGCGAGGAGGGCACCAAGUACCGCUCGCUGGUGCAGACGCUGCGUGUGGUGGCGCGCGAGGAGGGCGGCCGGGCGCUGUACCGCGGCCUCCCCGCUCACCUCCUGCGCCAGGUGCCCAACACGGCCAUCAUGAUGGCCACGUACGAGGUCGUCGUCUACCUGCUCAGCGGAUAGGCCGUCGCCCCUCCCACCUCGCCCCUCCCACGUCGCCCCUCCCACGUCGCCCCUCCCACCUCGCCCCUCCCACCU